GGAAGGAGCGAAUCUUGUAUAUAACACGUAAAGUCUUGGCCAAGUUCAAUCUCUACCGUUCAGUGAAGCAAGUAUCACAGAGGCGGGUGGAUUAACGCUUACCAACAUGAAGCUUCUGAUCGUGUUGGGCUUGUCGGCCCUAAUCGCCACCCACGUGCUGGCAGAUGCUCUUGCGAACACCAAGAAACAGCUUGACCACGCCACGGCCAAGAAGGACAAACGGACCACCGUUUCUACAUACGGCUACGGGGGAGGCUCCGGACAACACGGAAGCGCCGGACUCGGUUACGCUCCGACAUUUUCCGGCCUCAACUUCGGUCACUUCCCAGGUGUCGGAUUGUCUUCUGGCUUCGGCCACGGAGGAUUGUCUCUUGGUGGCGGAGGGCUGGGUCACGCGUUACUCCUCCAAGAAGGACAUGGUCUGAGUGGCCUCAACUUUGGAGGUCACGGUUUAGGCCAGCCACUUCUUCUUCAAGGCAGUCAUGGAUUUCCGUCGUAUGGAGGUAUCAGUGGCCUGAGUCUCGGUGGCGGCCACGCCACUGUCUCUGCGCCUAUAGCAAUUGCCCCAAUACUUGCACAAAAUUCCGCCAAACUUGGCCCGGUAACAUUUGGUAUCGGUACAGGCGGGUACUCGGUUGGGUCUUCCACCCCUUUUGGCCACAACGGGGGCAGCCUUAGCUACAGUUCUCCUAGUAUCAGUAGCGGUUACAGCGCUCAAAUUCCACUUGGCCUCUCAGCGUCUUCGGGAUCUUCUUCCUACAGCUCGCCUGCCGUCAGCCAGAGCGCCUCCUCUCUUGGAGGAUACAAUGCGCCUUCAAGUACCUACAGCGCUCCGUCUACCAGCUACAGCUACAAUGCUCCCUCAACGCUGGGCACCUACGGAUCUGCAGCGUCAUAUUCGACACCCUCCUCCAGUUUGGGAAGCUACAGCUCGGGGGCGAACUACGCUGCUCCAAGUGUAAGCCAGGGUUCAGGAUACUCCUACAGCGCUCCGUCCAGUAGCCAUGACAGUACCAGCAGUUACACCGCUCCGUCUCGCUCACAGAGCGCGUAUACUUUGGCGCCGUCCAGCUACUCUUCAGCUGGUAGCAGUGGACAUCCGAGUAUAGCGUCUUCAUAUUCAUCUGGAGGGUACAGCGGAACAAGUGGUUCUUACGGCAAGGAGUACUUGCAGUAACAGACAUUUCGUAUGACAUUUCUGCUUCUCUAGCGCGACUGAAGCUCUUUAAGUGUUAACAAGAGGACAUCGCCCCGUGGGUUGAAGUGCGAUUUUACCGAAAGUAUUUUCCUCGCCACACUAGAUUCUUAUUCCAAUAACAUUAGCCUUUGUUAACAUGAUAUUAGCAUUAAUCAUUUCAGACGUCAUAUCAUCGCACCAAGACAAUACCAUGAUUAAAUAUGUCAUUCAAUUUUUAUAUGCCGUUCUAAUACAUGUUAUUAGAUGUUCACCUGAGUAUUACAUUUUAAGAAUAUUAAUUACUGUUCACGCCUUCUAAAGUGCCGUGAAUAAUAGGCAUCACAGAUAAAACGUAUUUGGAGUUUUAAAUAAAUUUGCAUACAUCAGUAGUUCAGGUUACCAUGCCAGGGAAAUGUUCUGUAUGCCAAAUUAUUCUUUGAAUGAGGUAAAAUUCUCAAAUUAAAUGUUCAAGGCUGAUUAACAGUAGAAAACAAUUAUUUUUUUUUAGAUAUCUUGAGAAAGGAAUACGCUCAUCGAAGACAAUUUACGUACGCGGUUGUUCCAAAAGCUUUCGUAAUAUUUAUUCCUUUUUGAAACUCAGUGUUGGUGUAUAGCUCGCCAUCUUUCCCUCAAUCUCUGACCCCUCUGUUUACCUGCCUUUACCCAUUUUGUGUAUAUAUUUUCAUUUAUUUCUACAUAUAAUAAUCACAUCAACUUUAAUACUCGCUCAUAAGUUUCUCAGGUGCUUUGAACGUCCAUAUGUCAUUUUCAUGAUCAUUUUCAUUUCCGCCAAUAUUAAGUUACUGUCAUCUUGAUCAUACGAAUCGCUCUUCGCAACCAAUGGGCGUGCACUUACCUAGUUGCUUUAAGAAUGUGAACUGAAUUAAUUGUUCCAGUACACUUUGUUUGAUAUUUGUAUUUUCCUCUUUGUAUUAUGUUUUUUUUUUGGUUUUAUUACGCUUUUACACUUGUCAAUAAAGGAUUUUUGUAUCAUUAUUUUAUGUACAAAUAAAUUACUUGGCCAAUUUAUUCA